AUGCACAUAAUAUUUCUUUUGUCCUUCUGUGGCAGAUGUCCCUGGGAUGUUCAUGGGAAAAUGAAGGACAGGCUUGAAGAGUUAAAAUACAGAGUUCGAGAAGAUGAAUCCUUGGGAUUUGAUGAGAAUUUGGCCUUUGAUAACCCUGUCUACCAUGAAUCAGAAAGCAAUGACAUGGACUUGUUUUUCAAGGAAAUCUCUGGUCUGUCCUUCUCUCUCAAGAAGCUAAAAGAAGUGUCUGAUCGAAUUGAAGGCCAGCAAGAAGAGGUCUUAUGCAGCACAACCGAGGUGUCCAUCUGUGAAGGAAAGAAGGAGCUAAGUAAAAUAAAAAAUAUCUUUACUUCUGAUGCUAAGAUCAUCCAGUUUCAGCUCGGCAAAAUGAAAGGAGGGUUGACUCAAGAUGAGAAAAACUGGAAGGCAGAACAUCGGAUUCGGCAAAGCCAGUUCACCGUUUUAACAAAUCGAUACAAAGAGAUCAUAACUCAACAUUAUAUCAAUGAGACAAAGUAUAUGGAGAGGUUAAAGGAACAGAUCAUGAGGCAAGCCGAACUAGCCGGCUUGAACCUUCCUGAAGAGGAGGUCAAUCAGUUGAUAGGGAGUCCGAUGGCUCCGCAGAUUGUCGGACAAGAUUUGGAAAUCCUCAAAGCUAAACAUCAUUUAGCUAUGGCCCAUGAGAGACAUAAACAACUUCUAGAUUUGGAGGCUCAGAUUACAGAACUUCACUCGCUUUUUAUCCAGAUGGACCUGUUAGUUUGUGAGCAGCAGGAAAUUAUUAAUAACAUUGAGUACCAUGUGCUCAACACGACGGACUACAUAUCGCAAUCUAGCGCGCAAGUAAAGAAAGCUUUAAAAUACCAGAAACAGUCUCGCAUAGCUGCUGUUAUUUCUGCACUCUUGGGUCUCUGCGCCUGCUGUACUUGUCUAUCUUGUGCUUCCAAAAUUGUUCGAUAA